CGGUCGCGGUGCAGAGGCUGGCCCGCCUUGCGCGGGGUUUUUGCGUUAGCCGCGUCGAUGUGGAUGAGGCUGCGCUGAUUGACGCCGAAGCGUUCCGGCGUGUGGCGGGGGUGAUGGACUCGACACGUGCCGAGGUGGAGUUGCAUUGGUGGCAUGAUCCGCGUCAGCUCUCAGCCAUGGGCGACGAGGAGCCGCUGGUCUAUCGUUUGAAGCGACACAAAUGCAAGGAGGUGCGGAAAUGGUGGCAGAAGAACCUUGAGCGCAAGUGCGAGACGGCGCGCUUUACUCGGCAGCUGGCACACCAAAUUAGCGCUGUUUUUUACCGUGGCACCAUUGGGCCGAGUAUGUCGCUGAUGUUACCGCAGCGGCACUCGUUUUUUGCGUCGUGCUGUAACGAGUCGCUCAGCGGUUAUCUUUGCAGUUCUGCUCCACGUCGCAGCGCCAUUGCGUCAUGAGGAUCUGCAACGAAAGUGAUCAGUUUCAAUAAAAUUAUACUGAUACACUAUACGGGAUUAUACUUCUACGCCUACCUCCAAUGCAUAGAAAUGGUCCCCCCGAUUCAAUGUCGCUGUCCUGAAUUGAUUCCCAAGCCUCAACGAAAAAGUAUCUACUUGUCCACGCAUCUUUUGAUUACGCUAAUAUCUCAUAAUACACUCCUGAGAAACGAC